AUGGCUUCAAAUUCAGUUGAAGUUGAUUCAGAUGCGACCAUCUCUGACCUGAGUUCAUCUGGUGUCCCGGUUGACGAAAUACCUCCUCCUGUGCUAGAUGCACAAGAAGAAGAGGUUGCAAUGGAACAACGGAACAAAGAGGUUGACGUUCCCAAAUGGUUGAAGGAUCUAAAAAGGACUGUGGGGACUUACAUUCAUAAGGACUACCGCCACCAGUUCCGUUCCAAAGGUGAAGUUGAACUGUUUGUGGAAUCUGAAGGAAUCGAAAAUGGCAUAUUUAAAGGAAGAAAAUUACAAAAGAAGAAGAUAGCUGGUAUGGAUGCUCAAGAUGCCGGAACAAGUAAAUCUGCUGGAAGAAGAGCAUCUGCCAACCAUGCUAGACCAAAAUGUUCGCUUGGCCUGAGUCGUCCAAUGGAUGAUGAAGAGAUGGCUCCUGGUUUUCCUUAG